CUGCAUUGGCCAGAAACUUCAUCCAGAUUUUCCGGCGUGGUUCCCCCUUGUCAGGACGAAGGGCCUGACAAGGACAGCUGUCGAGUCGUUCGGAGGUAACGAAAAACCCAGGCGUACACGUAAAAGAUCCCUUGACAGUUGAAAUUCGAUAUACGAGUAGGCCGUAGUGCCGCUGUCCGGGCAAAAUUUCCCUCAUAGCACACUGUAUGGCGUAUGCCCGUCUUCAUUAGCCCAGUUCGGAGCAGAACAGUAGGACGUUAAACCAUAUUUCAUUUCAUUUCAUUUUCGUUAGUUGUGGUCUACAUCCUGUUGAUGUGGGAUAACUCUACAUAGGUUGGACUGGAUAUUCAAAAUAAAAACAGCGAUGGCGACGGAAGAAGUAAAACCAGAACAAGUACUCUUGAAUACAGUUGCGCGGCCAGAAUUUACCAACAUAUCAUUAGAAGGAGAUUUAAAGCCUGUUAAGAAAAAGGUUCCAAGAAGAAUUAUCCACUUUAGUGAUGGCACAUUAGAAGAAUAUUCUACAGAUGAAGAUGAAGAGAAACCACCACCUAAACCAACUGUUGAUCCUAAAACAUUGACUUGGUUACCAUGGUUUUGGCACUAUUUUGUCGUGAGUGCAGCUUCAGCAUUAGGAGUGGCAGAUUUUUGUGGAGAAAAAUUAGCUUGGUUUUUUGGUAUAACUUCCCCUAAAUAUCAACAUGCAAUAGAUGAAUAUUAUAGACUUAAAGAAGAGGAUGAAGCAGAAAAACGUAGAACUGAAAAGUAUGAAGGAUCAACUCCAGAUUUGUCCAGUAUUAAUGUAGAGAAAAGUGGGGAUUCAAAAACUCCUACAAUGCCGCCUUCACCCUCAAAAAUAGGAGUAAACAAACAAGAAUAUCAAAAAUAUUAAUACUUUCUGAGAUUAUUUUAUCGUGGUGUGCAUGUGUGAUAUAAACAAUUGUUUUAUGCGCCAAUAUUUUAAGGUGGUCAUUUUUGUCCACAAUUACUAUUAACAACAUGGAGGAAAUAAUUACUUGAAAUUUUGAGAAAACAAAGAUUAUUUGUCCGCGAUAAAUUAUAUAAUCCAAAGAUUGUCCCUGUUGAUUAAUCUGCAAUCUGGUGCUACUUUAAUGCUGACACCCAUUUAGGUUGCGAAAUAUAUUUACAAAACUACACUGACGAAAUAUCUGUAGCAGCAAGUCUGUGUGGUGAGCACUGCAUAUUUUGUUGGACAAUAUGUUGUUCAAAAUUAAAUACAUUUAUUUUCUUUGGUGAAAAUAAUAAUGGAUCUUCAAACCAGAAAUCCCAGAGUAGAUCUAUUUCCAUGUUAAGAUUUCUAAUUACUCUGUCUUACUAUUAAAAAAAUGGCAAGACUGUGACAAUUUACCAUUGCAGCUUAGACCAUGAAGUUACUGGUGGGUGCAUCUUAUGUUGCUUAAUAAACUGUGUUUUUAAUUAUGCAAAACUUCUCUUGACAAAGUAUUAUAUUAUAAUCAGUGGGGGGACUUUUUACUUGUGUUCUGUUUUGUGGGUUUUUAUUGUGUCUGAAAUUAUUUAACAUUCCAUUUCAAAAUUUGUAUGAAUGUGAGCGAGUGAAUAAAAGUAUUAUUGACAAAAAUAUUCAUGUUUGCAUUGUUUCUAGUCUUGGCUACAUAAAUAGGUACAUAUGCAAGUUCAGUAGUGUUAUAUGUACACUGAGUAAUCAGCAUCAUAGGCGUACGGGGAAAUUUUUGACUGAGGGGGGGGGGGGGGCGGUGGUGGUUGGUGCCCAGCUCGUACGCCUCUGAUCAGGAUUUUAAAUGUUAACCCUGAAAGUUAAAAGUUCAACAAAAACUAUGAUAGGUAUAUACAUUGCAUGACAUCAAUAAUGUAUUAGAAUCUCAGGUAAUAAUUUUUCAUGCAGUUUUUAAAAUUUGAGACUAGGCCUAUUUGUACUGUACUGUGUUUGAAUGACAAUGAAGUAAGCAUGUUUUCAUAGUGUUCUUCUGAUUCUGUGUGUUGGAUUUAGACAUGGUGUGGCUCUUGGACAUUUAAAGCUUGGAGGACGCUUGUAAACCUAAACACCUAACAUUGAAAUUUAGGCUUUAAGUUAAAACUUAUUAAUUACCGGUACAUAUAAAUAUAAAGCCGUUUGAAAUCUACUCAUAAAAAAUUCUACACAAGCCAUUUAAAAAACUGCAGUAAUGAUUUAAAAGCAAAAUAAAAAAUCUUAAAUUGUGAGCUCCCUGUGAAUUGUAAGGCCCUCAAAUGUAGAUUGCUUAGCUUAUGUCUAAAUCUGGCACUGGUGAUUGUCCAUGUAAAUAAUAUGUUUCUAUUUAUUUAUGACUAAUAAAAUAUAUUACAUUGUA